AGAGACUGUAAAACUCACAAGUAUCACUUUUCUUCUUCUUCUUCUUCUUCUUCAAUUUCUUCAUUUUUUUUUUUUUUUUUUUGGUUUGCUUGAAAUAUAUUCCAAACCAUGAUCACCGGCAAGGAUAUCUACGAUGUCCUGGCAGCGAUUGUUCCUCUGUAUGUAGCAAUGAUACUGGCAUACGGUUCGGUCCGGUGGUGGAGAAUCUUCACGCCGGAUCAAUGCUCAGGAAUCAACCGUUUCGUGGCGGUUUUUGCUGUCCCGUUGCUGUCUUUCCAUUUUAUAUCAUCGAACGAUCCAUACGCGAUGAACUACAAGUUCAUAGCAGCCGAUUCUCUUCAGAAAGUCGUCAUCCUCGCAGCUCUGUUUCUUUGGCAGACUUUCAGCAGACGCGGAAGCCUCGAAUGGAUGAUCACGCUUUUCUCGCUUUCCACCCUCCCAAACACUCUCGUCAUGGGAAUCCCUCUCUUGAAAGCCAUGUAUGGAAACGACUCCGCCUCUCUCAUGGUUCAAAUCGUUGUGUUGCAGAGUGUGAUCUGGUACACUCUCAUGCUCUUCAUGUUCGAAUACCGUGGAGCUAAGCUUCUCAUCUCCGAGCAGUUCCCCGAAACCGCCGGUUCCAUCACCUCUUUCCGCGUAGAUUCCGACGUCGUUUCGCUCAACGGCCGCGAACCUCUUCAAACCGAUGCCGAAAUCGGCGACGACGGUAAGCUUCAUGUCGUUGUGAGGAGAUCAGCUGCUUCCUCUAUGGUUUCUUCCUUCAACAAAUCUCAUGGAUUGAAUUCCAUAACUUCUAUAACUCCGAGAGCGUCGAACCUCACCGGAGUGGAGAUCUAUUCGGUUCAGUCUUCUAGAGAACCGACACCGAGAGCUUCGAGCUUCAAUCAGACUGAUUUCUAUGCAAUGUUUGCUAGUAAAGCUCCGAGUCCUAAGCAUGGAUAUACGAACAGUUUUCAAGGUGGUUAUGGAGGAGAUGUAUAUUCGUUGCAAUCUUCGAAAGGAGCGACGCCGAGGACUUCGAAUUUCGACGAAGAGAUGUUGAAAGCUGCGAACAAGAAAAGAGGAGGGAGAAGCAUGAGUGGAGAGCUGUUUAAUGGAGGUAAUUUGGUUCCUAAUUCGUAUCCUCCACCGAAUCCCAUUUUUUCUGGUUCUACAAGCAAUGGAGUACAAAAGAAGAAAGAGAGUAGUGGUGGUGGUGGCAAUGGUGGUAACAAUAAUAAUAAUAAUAAUAAUAAUAAUAAGGAGCUCCAUAUGUUUGUAUGGAGUUCAAGUGCUUCACCAGUUUCAGAAGGAAAUAUGAGACAUGCAGUUAAUAGAGCUGUUUCCACUGACUUUGGGGUUCCUGCCAAUGUCAAUUUUGAUUCUUCCAAAGCUGUUCCUCAACAUGAAACUCCUGCUUCAAGAGGAAUGCAUGAAAAUUUGAUUGAGAAUAUGAGUCCUGCAAGGAAGAAUAAUCAUGAUUUGGAAAAUGGAGAUCAAGAAGGACCCAAGUUACCUCUUGGUGGUUCUCCAUAUAGUUGCCAGCCCCAUAAGAAAGGGGAUAAGUUGGGAGGAGGAGUUGAAGAGCAAAAGAAGCACCAAAUGCCUCCUGCAAGUGUCAUGACAAGGCUUAUACUAAUCAUGGUUUGGAGGAAGCUCAUUAGAAACCCCAACACUUACUCAAGUCUUUUUGGCUUGGCUUGGUCCCUCAUAUCUUACAAGUUGGAUGUCCAAAUGCCAAAAAUUGUGAGUGGAUCCAUUUCAAUAUUAUCUGAUGCUGGUCUUGGAAUGGCUAUGUUCAGUCUAGGUUUAUUCAUGGCUUUACAACCAAGGCUGAUAGCUUGUGGUAAAGCUGUGGCAACGUUUUCAAUGGCCGUCAGGUUCUUAACAGGUCCAGCAGUGAUUGCAGCUUGCGCCAUUGCCAUUGGUAUUCGUGGGGUUCUUUUACAUGUUGCAAUCGUUCAGGCUGCUCUUCCACAAGGAAUAGUCCCGUUUGUAUUUGCCAAGGAAUACAAUGUCCAUGCGGACAUACUUAGCACUGCGGUCAUUUUUGGAAUGCUGGUCGCCUUGCCCAUAACAAUACUCUACUAUGUGCUGCUUGGGCUGUAAUUUUAUGGGAAAUGAUAGAGAAAGAAAGAGAGGGAAAUAUAAGAAGUGUAAAUCCAAGUCAGGAUUAGGUGGAUGGAAUAUGAUGGAAAUUGUGUUUUAGUAAAACAGAUAUGCCAUUGGAUUCAGUGCCCCAUUAACCAAAUUAUAUGAACCUCUGCAUGUGACCUUUGGGUCUUAACAUAUAAAAUAUAUUUAGACACCGGGCCGCUUCUUAAAAGCCAUUUUGUUUUAGUUUAUCAGCUAGUGCUAGUAAUUAACUUUGUACUUUAUUUUGUGUUUCUAUUACCCAUGGUAGAGAAACAGUAGAGAAAAGAGACUUAGAAAGCAAGAGGACUUUUUAUAAGAAAAAAGGAAA